GCACCCAAAGUUGCUUUUCUGCAUCACAUAAACCACUAUGUAAGAAGAGACAAGAAGCAAAGCAAUCACAAUCCUCAACAUUCUCAGAACUUUGGAACUCCUUUUUCUCACAAUGGAGUCUCAACCACUUCACAUGUUUGGCCUUGCAAUAUCCUUUUUCCUCUUCAUGAUUCUGGCACUCAAAAUAGGGACCAAUCUCAAGAAAACUGAGUCAUCUCAAAAAAUACCACCGGGACCAUGGAAGCUACCUGUCAUAGGAAACAUACACAAUCUUCUUUCAUCUGCACCACACAGAAAAUUAAGAGACUUAGCCAAAAUAUAUGGUCCCUUGAUGCAUCUCCAACUUGGGGAGGUCUUCACAAUCAUUGUUUCCUCACCAGAAUAUGCCAAGGAGAUCAUGAAAACCCAUGAUCUCAUCUUUGCAUCAAGGCCUACAAUUCUAGCUUCUGAUAUAAUGGCUUAUGAGUCCACUGAUAUUAUGUUUUCACCUUAUGGAAAAUAUUGGAGACAGCUGAGAAAAAUAUGCACAGUGGAGCUUUUCACUCACAAGCGUGUCAACUCAUUCAAUCCAAUAAGAGAAGAAGAACUCACCAAUCUUGUCAAAAUGAUAGAUUCACAUAAAGGGUCACCCUUCAAUCUCACCGAGGCACUACUUUCAUCAGUGUAUAACAUCAUUUCAAGAGCUGCGUUUGGCAUGAAAUGCAAAGACCAAGAAGAGUUCAUAUCAUUGAUAAACGAAGCCAUGACAGUUGGAUCAGGUUUUAACAUAGGAGAUCUGUUUCCUUCUGCUAAAUGGCUUCAACUUUUGAGUGGUCUGAGGCCUAAGAUUGAGAGGUUGCAUCAACAACUUGAUCACAUACUAGAAGGUAUCAUCAAUAAACACAAGGAGGCAAAGUCAAAAGCCAGAGAAGGCCAUGGUGAAGCACAGGAAGAUUUGGUAGAUGUUCUGCUAAAAUUCCAGGAUGAUAAUGAUAGCAACCAGGAUAUUUACUUAACUAACAGCAAUAUCAAGGCUAUAAUCCUGGACAUCUUUGCUGCUGGAGGUGAGACUUCUGCAACUACGAUAAAUUGGGCAAUGGCUGAGAUAAUAAGGGAUCCACGAGUAAUGAAGAAAGCACAAGCUGAGGUGAGAGAGGUAUUCAAAAUGAAAGGAAGGGUUGAAGGAACUUCCAUGAAUGAACUCAUGUAUUUGAAAUCAAUUGUGAAAGAGACCCUGAGGUUACACCCUCCAACUCCUCUUUUACUUCCAAGAAAAUGUGGACAGACAUGUGAGAUUAAUGGAUAUCAUAUACCAGUAGAAAGUAAGGUAAUUGUGAAUGCUUGGGCAAUUGGAAGAGAUCCAAACUACUGGACUGAAGCUGAUAGGUUUUAUCCAGAGAGAUUCAUUGAUAACUCUAUUGACUAUAAUGGGACAAAUUUUGAGUACAUUCCAUUUGGUGCUGGAAGAAGAAUAUGCCCAGGCAGCACCUUUGGUUUAGUCAAUAUUGAGGUUGCCCUUGCAUUUUUGCUGUAUCACUUUGAUUGGAAGCUUCCAAAGGGAAUGAAAAAUGAGGACCUGGACCUCACUGAACAAUUUGGAGCAACUGUUAGAAGAAAAGAAGAUCUAUACUUGAUACCAGUCACUUUCCAUCCUUUGCUGGGAAAUGGUGCAGACUGCAGAGUAGGGAAAAAUCAGUUCCAGGAUUAAAAGUACUGAAGUUGAUGGCACAUAUUCAAUCUGAUGCAGAAACUGUUCAUAUUCUGUAAUGAACUUAUCAUGUAAAACGUAUCUUAACUUUCAUCAUCAGAUGCCUCAAUCGCACUAUUCCAAUGGAAAUUUUUGCUUUAUUUCAAAUA